CUGAUAAAUGGUCAUGUGACCAUCCUUUGAACACCACUGAGGAGGACAACAAUGGCUCGUGUACAGCUGCUUGUCUUGCUGUGCCUGGGGGCUUCUCUUUGUAGCGGUUUCACUUAUGGAAGGUUUAGCAGAAGACCCUCUGAAAUGCCAGUGACAGUGCAGGAUCACUGGUUUGAGCAGAGGCUGGAUCAUUUCAAUGGAGCUGACACCAGAGUUUGGAAACAGAGAUAUUACGUGAAUGACUCUUUCACAAGUGAUGAUGGCCCCAUUUUCAUGAUGAUUGGAGGUGAAGGAACUGCCAAUCCAGCUUGGAUGACUCAAGGGACAUGGAUGACGUAUGCUGAGAAAAUGCGAGCCCUUUGUUUUCUGCUGGAGCACAGAUUUUAUGGAAAAAGUCACCCAACAGAGAAUAUGAGUGUGGACAAUCUCCAUUAUCUGACCAGUCAACAAGCUUUGGCAGACCUUGCCCACUUUCAGGUAGUGAUGACUGAAAAACUUGGAUUAGGUAGCAGGAAAUGGAUUGUAUUCGGUGGAUCAUAUCCUGGGUGUCUUGCAGCAUGGUACCGAUUAAAGUUUCCUCACUUGGCCUAUGCAGCUGUAGCCAGCAGUGCCCCUAUACAAGCUGUGUUGAAUUUUUCUGAAUACCUUGAUGUGGUGCAGUCAUCGUUGGCUAGAAAUCACUCUGACUGCCCCAAGACAAUUAAAAUGGCUUCAGAUUCAUUAAUCGAGCUUCUGGCCCACAAAGAGAACUACGAGAAAAUCACACGUGAUUUCAACCUGUGCAAACCAUUGGAAAUCAACUCAAAAAUGGACAUGGCCUUUUUCCUUGAUACCACAGCUGAAUACAUUAUGGAUGUUGUUCAGUAUAACAAUGACAAUCGAGAGUUUGAGGGUGUGAAAACCACCAAUAUCACCAUUCAGGUUGUGUGUGAUAUUAUGGCUAAUGAAUCCUGGGGCUCGCCAUAUGACAGAUAUGCUAAAGUAAUUAACACCAUUAUAAAAGCUGCACAGGAGAAAUGCAUUGAAGCAAGUUAUCGCUCAUACGUUCAAGACAUGAGGGAUUGCCACUGGGAAGGAGCUGCCUCUACUGGAGGCAGGCAAUGGAUGUACCAAACCUGUACAGAAUUUGGCUAUUUCCAGUCUUCAGAUUCUACUUCACAACCAUUCUCUGGUUUUCCAUUAAGCUACCACAUCCAGCAAUGUGCUGACAUUUAUGGCUCAGAAUUCAAUUUAUCAAUGGUUAGUGCUGCUGUUCAGCAAACAAAUGAAAAUUAUGGUGGAUUUAAUAUUCACAGCAGUAGAAUAAUAUUUCCAAAUGGACUGAUUGACCCUUGGCAUGCACUGGGGAUUACCAGGAGCCUUGGCACUGAUGUUGUGGCCAUCCCAAUGCAAGAUGCGGCUCACUGUGCCGAUAUGUAUCCUGCCCGACCCGAAGAGCCUUCCAUGUUACCAGCUGCAAGAAAACAGAUAUAUGAUCUGCUAACAAAAUGGCUGCAGUUAUGAACACUGUAAAUGAUCUAACCUCUUAUGGGUGCUGCUUACACUUCCUACCCACAUAGAAUCAGACAUAAGGUUUAUUAACAACCUAUAAAGAUUUUACAAAUGAUGUGAUUGUUUUCCAGUCGCUGCUAAUACAGGUUCCAUCAUGGCCUUGCAUGCGUCGGCAUACUGUGAGCUGUCAUUUAAAAAAACGGCUGCAGAGCACAAAUUAUUCUGCAUAAUAAAAUAUGUUGUAUCACAUAAAUGUACGGUCCAUGAGUGUUGCAUCUACCCUGCAGAAGGCUUUCAACAUAUCUGAAGAUUUUUGUGUCAACUUGAUCAUACAGCAUGUGACAGAAUUUUGUCACUGGUCCUAGCUUUUGAUUUUUUUUUUUUUUGGUUAGGAUGGUAAUAAACUGUAUUUAUUUUUUCAAAA